UCUCGGGGGACGGCUUAGGAUUUGUGAUCUCUUCAGGUCUACAAAUUCCUCGGCAUCGAGAUUUUGGAUCUAAGCAGGCAAGAGAUUAAUCAGCGCGCGAGAGAGGGAUGGAGGUCUCCGGUUCUGUUCUCCGGCGAGUUCCUUGCCUUUCAGGUGGCUGUACUUCUCGCCGCGUGUCGGUCUCCAGUUUUUCCGGCAAUUCGCCGACGGUAGGGUUCCAACCCAAGAAGUCCCGCGGGGUUACGUGCAAUGGGUUCGUCGAUAAAGGGCACUUGAAUUACUAUGUCGAGCCGACAAGGUGCGGCGUCAAGAAGGAGAAGGUUGCGGUUAUGGACGUGGAGAAGGAGAAGAAGACGACUAAGAAGAGGAUGAAACUUCUGAAAGGGUUGUCGAAAAACCUGACUAUGUUCUCAACCAUGGGAUUUGGUCUGGAUCCAGAUUCCGGUUUGGUCGGUGAUGUUCAGAACAAGACGAUCUCGGAAGCAGCAGAGGUACUGCUUAAGCAGAUCGAACAGCUGAAAGCAGAGGAGAAAAGAGAGAAGAAGAGAAGGAAAGAGGAGAAAGCGAAAGCUAAAGCGAUGAAGAUGAUGAAUGCUGUUAUGGAGUCGGAGUCAUCAUCCUCUUCCUCUUCAGAAUCAAGCGACAGCGACUGCGAUGGAGAAGUUGUUGACAUGAGCUGCUUCAGAAACAAGACCAAACCUUUUGUCGAAUCAUUACAGCGGCCUGCUCUGCAACAAACGGCAGCCGCAGUGGCAGUCCUUCCCAUAACAGAGAAUGACAUAGACAGUUUGGUUCCUAAUAACAUUGAGGGAUGUUGCACUCAAAUAACAGGCAUUAUUUCAGCCCCCGUCUUUCCCAGCAUGGACAUUCCCCGGGAAACCGAAGACGGCUCGGUUUCUUCUGAGACCAUGGAAGACGGGCUGGGUUCUUGCAGGACGGUGGAGAUUGAACCGUGCUUGAGGAGGAGAGUAGAGGUGUGUAUGGGGGGGAAGUGUAAGAAAUCAGGAGGAGCUGCAUUGCUUGGGGAGUUCGAGAGGGUGGUGAUGGGGGUGGAAGGCUCUGUCUCUGUCUCUGUCUCGGCCUGCAAAUGCAUGGGGAAGUGCCGGGAUGGUCCGAACGUGAGGGUCGUGAACCAGUCGGAUGGUCUGAACGACGAUUCUACGAGGACACCGUCCAAUGCAGUUUGCUUAGGGGUCGGAAUUCAGGACGUUGAAGCUAUUGUGUCGAGUUUCUUUGGCAAUGGAGAAGGCUUGGGUUCUGUCCAGUAAUGGCGAAUUGUUUUUUUUUUUUUUUAAAUUGGCGUUUGGGACUUGCUAUGUAUAUGGAAAAGUAAGGUCUUAUCUCUCCUUGCGCUUGUUGCAUCGUGUUCAUGAGCUUAGCCCAUC